UUCGUAUCUUGAACAAUUUGACGGCAGUACAUAAAUACGGCAAGUUUAUUACUGUAGAGAAGAGGAGCAGUUGUAUAUAAAGCCUCGAAUCUUUGUCAUUUGAGCACCUGAGGCUUGGGCAAAAAGCCAGGCCUAACUUGAAUAACAUAAAACAAAAAAAAAACAGCUUUUACAGAAAAAUCAAUAAUGGCUUCCAUGGCGGCUAUUUUCACCAAAACCCCAAACCCAACCCUCUCUUUCCCAAAACCAUCCAAAACCCAGUUCACCCCAUCAUUCAAUGUCUCAUUCCCGACUCGAAGUCCGAAUCGCUGUGGUCGAAACCCGAUGCGAGUCUCAUCGCAGCUGAUUUCUCCCGACGGCGGAAGGUUGGUGGACUUGGUUGUGGAUGAUUCAAUCAAGAGAGAGAAAAUGAAGGAAGCUCUCGAUUUACCGAGGAUCAAGCUUUCUAAGAUCGAUCUACAAUGGGUUCAUGUUCUUAGUGAAGGGUGGGCUAGCCCACUUUCUGGUUUCAUGAAAGAAAAUGAGUUCCUCCAAACGCUUCAUUUCAAUUCGCUCCGACUCGAUGACGGUUCGUUUGUCAACAUGUCGGUGCCGAUCGUUCUCGCCAUUAAUGAUUUGGUGAAGAAUCGGAUUGGCGACUCUGACCGGGUUGCCCUGUUUGACCCGGAUGAUGAUCACCCGGUCGCUAUCCUCUCUGACAUUCAGAUAUACAAGCACAACAAAGAAGAGCGUGUAGCAAGAACAUGGGGUACGACUGCUCCUGGUCUUCCUUACGUGGAGGAAACAAUAGCCAAUGCUGGAGACUGGUUGAUUGGAGGUGAUUUACAAGUUCUAGAACCUAUUAAGUACAAUGAUGGUCUUGAUAGAUUCCGGCUAUCCCCCUCUCAGCUUCGUGAAGAAUUCCUCAAGCGUGAUGCUGAUGCAGUCUUUGCUUUCCAACUUAGGAAUCCAGUGCACAAUGGCCAUGCUCUACUAAUGACUGACACACGUCGUAGGCUUCUUGAUAUGGGGUAUAAGAAUCCUAUCCUUUUGCUUAAUCCACUUGGAGGCUUCACCAAGGCGGAUGAUGUUCCUCUACAUUGGCGUAUGAAGCAACAUGAAAAGGUGCUUGAAGAUGGUGUGUUAGACCCAGAGACGACAGUGGUUUCGAUAUUUCCUUCCCCAAUGCACUAUGCUGGUCCAACUGAAGUACAAUGGCAUGCAAAGGCUCGUAUUAAUGCUGGGGCAAAUUUCUACAUUGUAGGACGUGACCCUGCUGGCAUGGGUCAUCCUCUUGAGAAAAGAGAUCUUUACGAUGCUGACCAUGGUAAAAAAGUGCUCGGAAUGGCUCCUGGACUUGAACGGCUCAACAUCCUUCCAUUCAAGGUUGCCGCCUAUGAUAAGACUCAAGGUAAAAUGGCAUUCUUUGAUCCUUCAAGGCCUCGAGAUUUUCAGUUCAUAUCAGGCACCAAGAUGCGAACUCUUGCAAAGAACAAUGAAAAUCCCCCAGAUGGAUUUAUGUGCCCCAGUGGAUGGAAGGUGUUAGUGGAAUACUACGACAGUGUUGCUUCCUCUGACAAUGGCAAGAUUCCUCAAGCUGCUACUGCUACUGCUACUGCUGCUUUAGCUGUUUGAUGAGUUUUCAUUGGUUCGAUUUCGAAACCUCUACCCUUUGGGAGAAACUCUUUAUGAUUUCCUAUCUCCUGUGGAUAUUUGUCUCAGAAACUUUGUAAAUUUGUAUGUUUCUGAAUCUCUCUGGUCCAAACCGGCCCUCUAAAAGGUACCAGACAGUGUAGGGUUUCGAGCAUUUGCUCCCUACCCAAAGUCUAUGGAAGUGUUUCAGGAGGAACAGUCAGUCGUUCCCUGUCAUGAUUUGAAGGCUUUCACAAACUAUCUCUGUAAAAUAAGAUUGUAUGAAAUGUGGUGAACUAUCACUUUGUA